CCCGGCGCUGUCACUGAGGGAGGCCGGGCGGAGCCAUGGUGCCGCCGCCGCCGCGGCCGCUGCUGUCUCCCGGGCAGCGCGGGGCGGCGGGGGCCCGCGGCCGGGGGACGGAUGAAUGAAUGAGCGAGCGAGCGAGCAUGAGGCGCCGCCUGAGGCUGCCGCCGGCCGCGGCGGGCAUCGCGCUGCUCUGCUUCGUGUCCGCGCUGGCCCUCGGCGCGCCCAGCCUCCCCCCCGCGCCCGCGGCCGAGCCCGGGGCCACCCCCGCCGGCCCCGACGAGGACAGCAACGAGCUGAGCCCCCGCCGGGCCCUCGCGGCGCAGGAGCCCAGCGCCGGCCCCACCUCGGCGCAGCCCGCAGCGCCCAGCGCCCUCCCGGACACCGCCUCCACACCUGCUGCUACUGCUACUGCUGCGGAGGAGGGGGAGGGGGCGGCGGAGGAGGAUGAAGAGGAGGAGGAGGCGGCGGCCGGCGCCAGCAGCAGCCAAGGCUAUCUGUGUAACUGCAGUUCUGUCGGGAGUGUAAGCGUGAAUGAGUGCAACACCUCAACAGGACAGUGUGAGUGUCACGAGGGCUACACAGGUCUGUUUUGUGACAGCUGCAAGGAGGGUUAUUACCUGAAUCAAACUAGUGGGCUCUGCCUUCUGUGUGGCUGUAGUUCCAAAGGCUCCAUCAACUCCCUUUGUGACAAUUAUGGAAAAUGCCAGUGUAAAGUUGGUGUAACCGGCUUCAAGUGUGACCAGUGCCACGAUGGAUACUACAGGUUUAACAAAACCACUUGUGCACCCUGCCAGUGCAAUGACCAUUCCAAGAGCUGUGAUGGCUUAACAGGUGCCUGUUUGAACUGCCAAGGAAAUACGGAAGGAAGUCAGUGUGAAAAAUGUAAGGUUGGCUUCUACAGAAGCACCCUCCCAGACCAGGAAUGCCACCACUGCCCAUGUUCAACUGUAGCAUCUACUGGUAGCUGCCGAAUAAAACCUGGCCAGCAUGUCCCAACAUGUGACAAAUGCAAAACUGGAUACACUGGCCCAAACUGUAACCAGUGUGACAAUGGCUAUUACAAUUCUGACAGUAUCUGCAUAAGAUGCAAAUGUAAUGGGAAUGUAGACCCAAUUCAGUCACCCAGGAUAUGCAUGCCAGAGACAGGGGAAUGCAUUGGCUGUCUAUACCACACUGCUGGGUUUCAUUGUGAGGAAUGUCAGGAAGGUUAUAUCAAAGACCCUGAGGGAACCAACUGCACCAAGAAAGAAACCUUUCCUGGCCCAGAAGCUACAGAGUUCAUAACUUUUGCUCCAAGCACCAGCAAGGCAACCUCGUUUUCAACUACAGUGACGAACAGUACAUUACCACCACCGACUGUGCAGACUGUAUUUCCUAUAAGCUCCUCUGACAAUAGUACAUCUGCUUUUGCAGAUGUCUCUUGGACUCAAUUUAACAUAAUUAUUUUGACGGUGAUUAUCAUUGUUGUGGUCCUACUAAUGGGCUUUGUGGGUGCUGUCUAUAUGUAUCGUGAAUAUCAAAACAGAAAACUUAAUGCUCCUUUUUGGACCAUUGAACUAAAGGAGGACAACAUCAGUUUUAGCAGCUACCAUGACAGUAUACCCAAUGCUGAUGUUUCGGGGUUAUUGGAAGACGAUGGAAAUGAAGUGGCGCCUAAUGGACAGCUGACGCUGACAACUCCCAUGCAUAACUAUAAGGCAUAAAGGAAGAGUUUAUCCAGCUAUUCCAAAAUUAGCUUAAAAAAAGGACUCUGCUCAUUUAAAGAGUAUCAGAAUCUGUGCCAAGGUUUCAAGCAAAGGAAUUUGCUACCCAGAUAUUUUUUUAUGUUGGGCAUGGCGUAGCUUGCUGGUGAACAGGAAGGGUGUGCAGUGCAUCAGGUUUUCAGGUAACAUAAUGAAUGCAUUCAGUGUGUCAUUACCCAUGAAGAUCCAUAGACUUCACUGUUGAUAAAGACUUUACAUAAAAUAAUGCCGAUCUUAAAAUAUAUUUUUGUAUGAAGAGUUGGUAGGGCUAUAGCAAGCAGUACCCUGUGAUUAAUCAAAAGUUACUUUGACCUCCAGCCAAGCUAAUGCUUAUACGUGUGUCCAAUAUUUUGAAAAGUAGCCUGUGAAUGAACGGUAGAUUUUCAGGAAAUAGACUUUUCUAAAAGCUUCAUAUUAUUUCCUUACAUAAAUUUGAUUUAAAGAAAGGGGAAAUCUCAUUCACUUCACCAUAGUACUAAGAGACAUUUAAAUAAGUCACUGUUACACACAGUAAAACCACCCCUUUAAGUUUCCCAUAGAUUUUGGGGAGCAGAAAAGAAAUCAAAUAUAAAAAUAUCUGUUGGGGGAGAUAACUCAUUUCCCUUAUGUAAGGUGACAAGACUAUUAAAAUACAGGAAUCCAUUUUUAUAGAAGGAGUUAAUGAACUUGUAUACAUAUUGUACAAGGGAAGACAACCAGACAUCUCAGGGUUGCCCUGUAAAAAUACAAGCUAGGCUUACUAUCUUACCCUGACAGAAAUGGUGUGUUCUGUAUAUAGAAUGUAAUAUAACUUCUUGGCAUUGUAUUUGUAACUAUUUGUAAAAAAAAAAAAAAAAAGAAAAAAAAAAGGGAAAAACCAUAAGUCAUAUUUUAUCAUCUAGAUUUUAUCUGUACAGCAGUUAGUGGCAUUGUAAAAAAAAAAAAAAGAGGAUUGUUUAAAAUACUGUAAAUUAGACGGCAAUAUUGCUGGAGCUGGGACUCUGGCAAACAUCCAUCAUUUAAAGUUCCUCUUCUGAUAUCACUGAAAUUUUUUUAAGAAGCUGAGUGUUUCCUCCUUGUUUCUGCAACUGUCAACCUCUCUGUUCCUUUAUCCAUGUUGACCCUAGUAAAUACCCAGUGAUGUCGUGAACAGACAUCUGAAGGGCCAGUGAUCAGGGUUGCUUUGAAAUCUCCCCACAAAAUGCAAAUGUAUCAACAAUGUUAUUUAGAGACUGAUCCUAUCAGACUUAACAAGAGCUGUCAGCAUUCACAGGAGUAGUCUGAUUGAAGUCAUGAGCCUACUUGGGCAAGUAAGGACUGCUUACGUGAUUAUGAGUAAAAUUGCCAAUAGUGCUGCAUAUUGGCCUAUCUCUGCUUCUCUUGAUGACAGUAGCAAAAUUUCCCUCGUCUUCAGUGGAACCAGGAUUUCAUGCAAAGUAUCUACAGGAUCAGGUCCCUGGUUUCAAAAUUCUAGAUAAAAUAAUAAGUGACGUGGAUACUGUCAAGUAAUUGAUUUCUGAAAGUUCACGUAGCAUAAAGUUGUACACUGGACAAGUGGGGACUCUACUUAUUGUUAAGAAACAAGGGACAACUGGUUAUGCAGAAUCCUACCAUUUUUAUAUAGAGGCAGACUGGCUUUUAACAAGGGGGAGUACAAGUUAAUGAGCACUCUGUCCUUGUCAAAUGGAAAGAGCUGUAUAGCAAGGUUGUGUUGUUGUUCCUCCACUCUGAGGUAUAGGUCUGAAUGCAGGGUGCACCGUGGUUGAUUGAAUGUACACCGACAUAGACUGCUACAGUUAGCAGUCUUCCUGGGUGCUGAGUGCAGGUUGAAACAUCCAAGAGCACGUGCAGUCCUUGUACAGCUCCGUUUCCUAACACCUGGGAGAAGGCAGUGCUAUACCAGGUGCAAAGAACUAGACCUUCACUGGGGCAUUUCAUUUGCACCUGUACAGUGCAAUAAACAGUGCUGUGGAGAACUUCAGCUUUGCCUUUCCCUUUUUUCAGUGCUGCCAUUUGGCAUGUAAUCUUUAUUAGGUGCCAGAUCCAGUCUCUUUGCUUUAUUCCUAUCACUGCACUGAGUGCAUCUUUGCACCCAAUCCAGUUCCCGUUAAAGCCAGUGGAAAGCCUCCUGAAAUCCUCCUGCUGACUUGAAUGAGGUUUGAAUGAAACCUUUUGUUUGAUCUCUUCUGAGCAGGGCAAUUAAUUCCUGUCCUAUGUGUUAAUUAAGUGAACUUCUAGCAACCUCAGGGAUAAAGUCUGUAAUGCAGCCAUGCCAGGGCUUUGCCAGUUCAUAAUAACUCCAGUGAUAAACAAGGAAGUUAGCAAAGCAGAGCAAUAGCUGCAUCAAUAAAAACAAAGGCAGAAAUAAAUAUUUCUUAUGUGACAGGAGGGAAAAGUAAUGUAGAAAGAUAUUAUUUAUUUGCAUUCCAGAAGUACUGGGAGGCCUAACUCUGGCUUGGGAAUGGCAUCCUGCUAGGUGCUGUACAUAGUUAUAAUAAUAAUGUGCAGUCCCUGUAUCAAAGAGCUUAUCUUCUAAUUUAAGAAGAUGUGAUGGACUGUGUAUGGGCCUCAUCCAGAGGCAAUGAAGCCAAUGAAAAGAGGUACAUUGCCUGCAUUGAACUUGAGGUCAGUUCCCAAGUCUGCAGCUGACUGGAUACAAGUCAUUCAAAAAGGUUUGAGUUUUAGUUGGAAGAUAGAAAAAGAAAGAAAAUCUGGAUAUUACCAAGCCUUUAUCAUACACCAGGCUUUAAAGGACAGUUUUAUUAAAGUAGAGAAAAUAGGAUCAUCUGGACAUAACUACUUGACAGUGCUCAUUUUUAUAUGCGUAUUCCCUGAUGUUUAUACAUGCUGGGAAGAGAUGACUUUUCAUAAAUGAUUUCAGUGGCAGUGUGUUAGCAUCUGGGCCUAGUUCUAUAGAGCAAUAAAAGCAACAGGCAAAGUGAAGGAAAGAUUGUCCACUUGAGCAUGUCAGAAUUAUUUUCUUCUUUUAUUUGUGGGGUUGAGGUGAAUUAGCAGAUAUAUUCUUUGAAAGAAAACAUUUCUUCAUGGAUCUUUGGAAAGACUGCAGGCUAGCUAAGAUAACAGGGUUUGGCCAGUUUAAUUUGGACUUCAGGUCCUGGCUUUUUUGAUUCUCUUACAUUACAGUCUGUGACUGGUUGCAGGAUUUGGUUUUGAGUUUUGGUGCUGAGCUCCCUUACCUCUCACCUAAAAAAAAAAAAAAAAAAAAGUGUGGGGGGACAGGACAACCUAUUUGAAUGGGCGGUUUUGAUAUUGGCCCCAUUGUAGCUGAAAAAACCCCCAUGAAAAAUAAUAUUAAAGCACUGAAUAUUAGCCCAGCUCUGAAGUGGUGAAGAUGUCAGUCUGUUUUACACAUUGUCAUACAACAAUAUGAUGUUGUGGGUAUUUUGCUGACAGCAAAUGGUUCUGGAGAGAGAGGUCUAGGAGACCAUCCUGUGGGUCUGACAUGAAGCCCAGAGAAAUUAAUUUGUCUUUUCUUUGGGCUUUAGUUGCAUAAGUUUUUAAAACUUGACUGACCUGUUUUGGAGAAACUCUGAGGUAUGGUAUGCUUUGUUUGGACACUAACUUCUGAUUAGCAGAGAAUGAAAACAUCAGAGGGACACAAGGGAUGAUGCAUCUAACAUGAAAAAACGAUUCAGCAGAAGAAACAAAAUCAGUUGCACCCAGUCAGGUCCCUUGUUUAGAGGAAUAAGAUUCAACAGAAACUUUCCAGCUUUGUGUUCAACCUCAUCCUAUGAUCCACAAGUGUGAAACCUGACCCCUUUCCUCCAACACCCACAUAGCCAUCCACCUGAGCACCUGUAUAAUAGAAGGAAGAAGCUAAGUGAGAUCCAUCUCUCAGCCAGGUUGGACUGCACUGUGUUGUAGUGCAUUGCCAGAGAAUUUUUAUGGGCAAGUAUGUCAUCCUACCAAAGACCUUGGCUUUUCCAGCAGUACUCCUUCUACAUUCAGAUGCUUAUAUUAUAACUUGCCAUGAAACUUCUGUAAUGUUGAGGUUUGCCCUCUGGCAGAUUUGAGAAUGAGAAUAACCAGUUAAAUAGGAUGUAGACUGCAGAGGUUCAUCAGGCCCAAUGCAGAAAAUCAUCAGGUCAGAGAAGGGGUGUCAGGCUGAGGUGUCAGGACUGUUGCACAUAUAUUGGUGGGGUCCAUCAUGUGCCAAUUCCCAGCAGACAAGUAGUACAUCAGUCUUGCAGGACAAUGGUUGUUGGUUUUGGGCAAGGAAGUGGGUGGCAUGGUGCAGUAGCUAUGUGUUCAUGGAGUAGAUGGAGUAAUAGGGGGACAUGGUAGUCUAGAGAAGUAUGAUGGUGAGACACUUAUGGCUUUCGCUCCUACUGGCCAUAAUCCCAAACCCAUGUCGUGGGGAGGUGAGAACCAUGUUGGCACAUAGCCUAGCUGGUCUGGGUGAAGCAAAUGAAAUCCUGUAGUAAAACACUUGAAGCCCUCAUGUAAGGGGAUGGAUAAAAAAAUAGUCAACCAUGUAUAAAAUGAACAGGGGCAGCCUGGCUGGGUCAAAAGCUAGGGAUGUUACUCUACAAGCACAGGAUGCACCAAAUGUGGAAAAGUAUAAUUAGCUAAUGUGAAUAUAAGGUCUUAACUCUUACCAAAUCACCAUAGCUAGAAAAAAACUGCAUGAUGUUUUAGCCUCGGGGACUGUCAUGAAAAGUCACUUACUGAGACAGUCAUUCUCUUGGACCAGGCAAAACACACUCAGGCCAGCAGAAACUAUUUAUGAGCCCGGAUGGCAUGUUUUCAGCAUUCUACCGCAUUUUGGGCCAGUUGAUCCCUUGCUGUACAGCAUUUUUAUUCCAAAUAUUACAUGCAAUAUAAAUGAUGCAAUAUGUGGCAGAAAAUAUGUACAGCUUGUUUUAACAACAAAAACUGAAGAAUGAAGCCUAAAACAUUUUUAAAAAUAAAAUUGUAAAAUUAGCUCUCGAGGGACUCUGCUAUUUAGGUGUGAGGUGGAAUUUUAAUAAGGAAAAUGUGGGCCUAAAACAUUUAACAUCAUGCUUGCUCCCAACUAAAACUCAUCAGCCUUAUCGCACAUCCCAAAAAAAGGUGUUUCUUACGCAUACGCUAAGCUUACAAAUGCAUUUCUAAAAAAAAGUGUAUGAUUUGAAUAUAUGUCAGAAUUUAUACAGAAGAAUGUUAUUUAAAAAUGAAUAAAUGUAUAUAAUUUGUACCUAU